ACGUAACUCUGUUCCUCUUUCCUUAGCCUCCAUUUACCUCGCUCUCUCUCUCGCUCGCUCUCUCUGUGGCUCAGCUUUCUUCGCAGUAACCAUGCCGAAGCACUACAGGCCUGCUGGAAAGAAAAAGGAGGGAAAUGCUGCUAAGUACAUCACCAGGUCACAGGCAGUCAAACAUCUUCAAGUCAAUCUUCCUGUUUUCAGGAAACUAUCCAUUCUCAAGGGCAUAUUUCCCCGGGAGCCAAAGAAGAAGGUGAAGGGAAACCACCAUACUUAUUACCAUGUGAAGGAUAUUGCUUUCCUGCAGCAUGAGCCUUUACUUGAGAUAUUUAGAGAUAUAAGGGCAUAUGAGAAGAAGAUAAAGAAAGCCGAGUCGAAGAAGAACCCAGAUCUCGCAAAUCGUUUGCGAACCCGUGCACCUUCUUAUAAGCUAGAUAGAAUUAUCCGUGAGAGGUAUCCGAAGUUUGUUGAUGCACUCAGAGAUUUGGAUGAUUGUCUCACAAUGGUGCACCUUUUUGCAGCAUUACCUGCUUUGGAGAGGGAAAAAAUUGCAGUGAAGCGCAUUCAUAAUUGUCGAAGGUUGAGUCAUGAAUGGCAAGCAUACAUCUCACGUACUCAUAAAUUACGUAAAGUCUUCAUAUCUGUGAAAGGCAUAUAUUAUCAGGCUGAGGUUGAAGGUCAAAAGAUCACAUGGUUGACCCCUCAUGCACUGCAGCAAGUUUUUCCUGGUGAUGAUGUUGACUUCAAUGUCAUGCUAACAUUCGUGGAAGUUUAUGAGACUCUCCUUGCAUUCAUAAAUUAUCACCUCUAUCAUUCUAUUGAUGUGAAGUAUCCACCCAUUCUUGAUCCACGCUUGGAAGCUUUAGCAUCAGAUCUUUAUGCAUUGUCAAGAUACUUUGAUGCAAACGCUAAACAUUCUGUAGUGAAUCCGGAAGCUUCUAGUGUAUCUGGAUCUGAGCAAGUUGAGACCCAACAAAAGGGGAUACCACCUGAUGAGUCUGAAUUAAGGCUAGCUCAACUUCAACAUCAACUUCCUUCCAAUGAACCUGGUGCGCUGAUGCGCCUUGUUGAAGAUGUUGCCGAUGAGGAUGAGGAGGAUGAAGAUACAAGGGAGUGUAAAAAACUCUUUAAAAAUAUGAAAUUCUUCUUGAGUCGUGAGGCUCCCAGAGAGUCGUUGCUUUUCAUCAUUCCUGCUUUUGGUGGUAUUGUUUCCUGGGAGGGAGAAGGGGCUCCAUAUAAGGAGGCCGAUCAAAGCGUUACCCAUCAGAUUGUUGACCGACCAACACAAGGUCAUAUAUUCCUCUCCAGAGAGUAUGUGCAACCACAAUGGGUAUAUGAUUGUGUUAAUGCACGCAUCAUUUUGCCAACUGAGGAUUAUAUGGUGGGAAGGGUUCCUCCACCACACUUGUCACCUUUUGUUGACAAUGAGGCUGAAGGUUACAUUCCUGAGUAUGCGGAGACCAUUAAACGGUUGAAGGCUCUUGCUAGAAAUGAAGUCCUUCCAUUACCAGGUGAAGGAACGGAAGAUUUAGAAGAUCCUCAUAAAUUACUGGUUGAGGGUAUUAUUGAUCGAGCAGAAGCUAAUGAAGCUGCUGAGAGAAAACGCAAGAUGCUUAUUGAGCAGAACCAGUAUCUCAAUGAAUUGAAACUGGAAGUUGAUGGUGUGCAGUAUUCUUCAAUUGCCUCAGAAAAUAAGCAGAGUUCUUCUAAAGAGACAGAGGCUAGGGAAUCUGAGCCGGACUUGCAACAAAUUGUCCAGGAUCAUGCAAACAGGUCUACGGUUGUGAUGUCACGUAGAAAGAGGGGGUUAUAUGAAGCUGCGCAGAUUAGCAAGAAACGGAGGCAGGAUAAAGUUGACGUCCUGGUGGAACGGAAUAGAAAAAAUAAAGAAGCCCAGAAAUCUGGGAAGAAUUAAUGUGCCCCUGAAAUUUGCUUUCUUGAAUUUAUUGCCGAUGUAUUUCCAGUCAUAUCAGGUUAGAAAGCUAGUUAAUUUACUUGAGGUUGCUUAAGCUUCAUAAUGGCGCAUAUUGAGUUCAACAUUGCCAAUCGAGGUUGAGAUUGGCCAAAAAUUUUGGUAAAUAUGUAAGGUAUUCUUUUAAUUUCUCA